GAUCAAUGGGCUUGGGCCUUGCCGGUGCCGGGGAUCCGGAGGGGGGCGGUGCGGAAGCAGGACUCGAGAAGUCACGGCGGUGCCUAGGAGCGAAGAGAGCGGGGAGAUCGUGGUGGUGGGCUGGAUCAGGAGGCCGGACCGAGGGACGCGCUGCAGCUGUUGUGUUGUGUAUGGAUGUGGGCUUUGCUAUGAGUAACUCCCUUCCUGGUGAAGAAUCCCCAUUUGAACUAGCAAAGAAAGUGAUGACCAUGUUUGUGCAGCGACAGGUGUUUGCUGAGAGCAAGGAUGAAAUCGCAUUAGUCCUUUUUGGUACAGAUGGCACUAAGAAUGCCCUUGCUGGUGAGGAUCAGUAUCAGAACAUCACAGUGCACAGACACCUGAUGCUACCAGAUUUUGACUUGCUGGAGGACAUUGAAAGCAAAAUCCAACCUGGUUCUCGGCAAGCUGACUUCCUGGAUGCACUCGUCGUGUGCAUGGAUGUGAUUCAACGGGAAACUGUAGGAAAGAAGUUUGAGAAGAAGCAUAUUGAAGUGUUCACUGACCUCAGCAGCCCGUUCAGCAAAGAUCAGCUGGAUAUUAUAAUUCAUAACUUGAAGAAAUCCAGUAUCUCCCUGCAAUUCUUUUUGCCUUUCCCAAUUGGCAAGGAAGAUGGAACUGGGGACAGAGGAGAUGGCAACUUGGGCUCGGACCACCAUGGACUUGACUUUCCUCUAAAAGGAAUUACUGAGCAGCAAAAAGAAGGUAUUCGGAUGGUGAAAAAGGUGAUGAUGUCUUUAGAAGGUGAAGAGGGGCUGGAUGAAAUUUAUUCCUUCAGUGAGAGUCUGAGACGACUGUGUGUCUUUAAGAAAAUUGAGAGACGUUCCAUACCCUGGGCCUGUCAGCUGACCAUUGGCUCCAAUUUGUCUAUAAAGAUUGUGGCUUAUAAAUCGAUUGUACAGGAGAAAGUUAAAAAGUCUUGGACAGUUGUUGAUGCAAGAACCGUAAAAAAAGAAGAUGUACAAAAAGAAACAGUAUAUUGCUUGAAUGACGAUGAUGAAACUGAAGUUCCGAAAGAAGAGACCAUUCAAGGGUACCGCUAUGGGAGUGAUAUCAUUCCUUUCUCCAAAGUCGACGAGGAGCAAAUGAAAUAUAAAUCGGAGGGGAAGUGCUUCUCUGUUUUGGGAUUUUGUAGAUCUUCUCAGGUCCACAGGAGAUACUUUAUGGGAAAUCAAGUUCUAAAGGUCUUUGCAGCGAGGGAUGAUAAGGCAGCUGCAGUCGCGCUCUCCUCCCUGAUUCAUGCUUUGGAUGAACUAGACAUGGUGGCCGUAGUUCGAUAUGUUUAUGACAGAAGAGCUAAUCCUCAAGUUGGCGUGGCUUUUCCUUGCAUCAAGGACAUCUAUGAGUGUUUGGUCUAUGUGCAGCUGCCGUUCAUGGAAGACUUGCGGCAAUACAUGUUUUCAUCCUUGAAAAAUAAUAAGAAAUGCACUCCCACAGAGGCGCAGUUAAGUGCUGUUGGUGCUUUGAUUGACUCCAUGAGCUUAGUAAAGAAAGAUGAAGAGGAGAACACCAUUGAAGACUUGUUUCCAACCACCAAGAUCCCAAAUCCUGAAUUUCAGAGAUUAUUUCAGUGUCUGCUGCACAGAGCUUUACAUCCCCAGGAACCUCUGCCCCCAAUUCAGCAGCAUAUUCUGAAUAUGCUGGAUCCCCCUACUGAGGUGACAACUAAAUGUCAGGUUCCUCUCUCUAAAAUAAAGACCCUUUUCCCUCUGACUGAAGCCAUCAAGAAAAAGGAUCAAGUGACUGCUCAGGACAUCUUCUCAGACAACCAUGAAGAGGGACCCACCUCUAAAAAAUUCAAGACUGAGGAAGCGGAAGUCUCCCUUAGUAACUCCAGCCUGGCUGAAGGCAGAAUCACCAGUGUUGGAAGCGUGAAUCCUGCAGAAAACUUCCGUGUUCUAGUGAGGCAGAAGAAUGCCAGCUUUGAGGAAGCGAGUCACCAGCUGAUAAAGCACAUUGAACAGUUUUUGGAUACUAACGAGACACCGUAUUUUAUGAAGAGCAUGGACUGCAUCAAAGUCUUCCGGGAAGAAGCCAUUGAGUCCUCAGAAGAGCAGCGCUUCAACAGUUUCCUGCGAGCCCUUCGAGAGAGGGUGGAAGCUAAACAGUUACAUCACUUCUGGGAAAUUGUCAUUCAGGAUGGAAUUACUCUCAUCACCCAAGAUGAAGCCUCAGGAAGCUCUGUCACAGCUGAGGAAGCCAAAAAGUUUCUGGCCCCCAGAGAAAACCCAAAAGAAGAUGCAGCAGCCAUAUUUGAAGAAGGUGGUGAUGUGGAUGAUUUGCUGGACUUGAUAUAGGUCGUGGAUGUGUGGAGAAACUACAAGAGUUGCCAUCACUCUUGUGCUGGGAGUUCUGUACAGAUCAGCCUGGAGGCGGCCGAGGCUCUGAAGAUUGUCCCUGCAGGUUACGUGGGAGUGGAUCGUCCAGUUUUCGUGCAAUGAAUGUACGCAUGUAUAAGGGAUAGUUAGACCCCGUAUGAGUAUAUAAAAGUCAUUGUUCUUUUCUCA